AUGGCAGAGCAUGCGCGACCUAUUGGCCUUCUUUUCGACAUUGGUGGGGUUUGUGUGGUAUCUCCAUUCCAGUCCAUUCUAGACUACGAGUUGUCAAACGAUAUUCCCCCAGGAUGGGUGAACUUCAGUAUCUCUCGAACCUCGCCAAAUGGCAGCUGGCACAAGCUCGAGCGUGGUGAGAUCAACAUGGAUGCGGAUUUCUUUGCGGCAUUCAAUGUAGAUCUCCAAAGUAAAAGGCUGUGGAAACAGUUUCAUGAGCAACUACAGGAACAAAAGGGCGCGAGCAGCUCGACACCUUUACCCCCACUUCCAAAAGUAGACGCAGAGUGGCUCUUCUGGGAAAUGAUGAGAAUUUCCCGCACGCCAGAUCCGUACAUGUACCCGGCAUUGACGAAGUUGAAAGAGUCGGGCAAGUAUCUGAUGGGUGCCUUAUCAAAUACUGUCAAGUUCCCGGACGGGCAUGCAUUCAAUCAGGAUACAAUAGGAUUGAGAUCACAAUUUGACUUUUUCAUCUCGUCAGCGCAUACAGGACUUCGGAAACCAGACCCAGAGAUCUAUCAGGUCGCAUUAAAAGAGAUGGACACUCUGGCGAAGAAGAGAGGCUUAUCCGGAGUACAGCCCACAGAUGUUGUCUUCUUCGACGACAUUGGGGAGAACUUGAAGGGGGCGAAGAAAGCCGGCAUGCGUACUGUCAAGGUCACCUUAGGAGAGACUAAAUAUGCCGUCAAAGAGUUGGAGAAGAUCACUGGUAUUCAGCUUUUGAUUGAUACUAGCGAGGAUAAGGCGCGACUAUAG